GCGGGGCUGAGCGCGCGCCGCCCGCACCCGGCCCCGCGGGCCCAGCCAUGGCGAAGCAGUACGACGUGCUGUUCCGGCUGCUGCUGAUCGGGGACUCCGGGGUGGGCAAGACCUGCCUGCUGUGCCGCUUCACCGACAACGAGUUCCACUCCUCGCACAUCUCCACCAUCGGUGUUGACUUUAAGAUGAAGACCAUAGAGGUAGAUGGCAUCAAAGUACGGAUACAGAUUUGGGACACAGCGGGGCAGGAGAGAUACCAGACCAUCACAAAGCAGUACUAUCGACGCGCCCAGGGGAUCUUUUUAGUGUACGACAUCAGCAGUGAGCGGUCUUACCAACACAUCAUGAAGUGGGUCAGUGACGUGGAUGAGUAUGCGCCGGAAGGUGUCCAGAAGAUCCUCAUAGGGAACAAAGCUGAUGAAGAGCAGAAGCGGCAGGUGGGGCGAGAGCAAGGGCAGCAGCUGGCGAGGGAGUACGGCAUGGACUUCUACGAAACAAGUGCCUGCACCAACCUCAACAUCAAAGAGUCCUUCACGCGUCUGACGGAGCUGGUGCUGCAGGCCCACAGGAAGGAGCUGGAUGGUCUCCGGACGCGUGCUAGCAACGAACUGGCCUUGGCAGAGCUGGAGGAAGAGGAGGGCAAACCGGAGGGCCCUGUGAACUCUUCGAAAACCUGCUGGUGCUGAGGGGCCUAUGUGGGGCGCCCCCCACAAACCCCUUCUCUUGGGAGGCCUGUGGGGAGACGGGAGCCUGGGCUUUGCCCGCCACUGCCCUCUCCUCUGAUGACCUGUGGACCAGUAGCUGCUGCUGCGUGCCCCUGCCUGGCCCUGAGAGCGACUCUGCCGUCGUGUCCACCCCGGAGCGGCACCCUUCGCCUGCUGUGACCCAGAGUGUGCUGCGAGCACCGCCCCGCCCCCCGCCCCCCGCGCCGUGGCGGGGGCUGCAGUGGAGCCGUUGAAAUCCCCUUCUUUCCCAGUGCAUCUUGUCUGCCCCGCUUUCUCCUCUUCCCACUCCCCGUCGCCUCCCGCGGGUGCUCUGCCGAGGCCCCUCCUGUGCACUGCCUGGGUCUUGCUGUGUGGCUGCUGGAGUAGCUCCUUCCUUCCGACGCAGCGAAGGCGGCGGCCCGGGCUCGUGGGCAGUUCCAGCUCCCGCCCCAGGGAGGACCCCACCCUGCCCUGGGUGGGCCGAGGCUAAGGGUGCUUCCUCCUCCUCUCCCCACUGCCCCUUCCUGUGCCAUGGGCCUGCCUCCCUGAGGACCACGGAGGUAGGAAGGAACGCCACCUGGGGGUCCUCAGGCCUAGGGCUGUCCUGCCUCUGCCUGCUCCCCCUGCCUGAGCUCUGGCCCUGCUCCGCUGCCCCAUCUCUGUGGGGACCUGAGCUCAGACGCUGCUUCAGAGAAGAGGAGAAAAUGAUGAGGGGUGGCAGGGGUAAAAAGUCACCUCCAUGCACUACCUCUCACGCAGCAUGUACAUAACUUCCCUCCCCUGGGCUCCUGAGUGUCAGGACGGGUACCAGGGCCUGAGUGCCCGAGUGGCAAGGAGAGUCCUGGGGCCGGUGACAUUGUCAGGCCCCACGUACUCCAGGAGGAAGUGAAAGCCUAGCUGCUAGAUGUCAGUCAGAGCAGAAGCAAGCAGGCCAGGGACAGCAAGUCGCAAAGCAGAGGGGACGCGGCAGCAGCAAGGCCUCCUGGGCCCCUCUUCCUUGCUUGUGUACGAAUUUUUCCCCUGAGUCCCUGGCAGAGGUGAGAGGUGACGUCACCACGUCGCUGUUUGACAGAAACCAAGGUUUCCUGGGCCCCAGCAGCGAUGUCAUGGGAAGAGGAAAGAUGGCCCUGGUGCCGUCUUCUCCAGCCUUCAAGACAGAGUGCUUAUCUGGCCCUCCCGCUCCUUUGUGGGCUUGAGGGUCUGCCCAGUGCACGGUGGCUGCCAGGGCAGGGAAGCGGACUCCCUCCUCCUGACUUCAUGUUCAGGAAGGUUCUUCGACCUCCGCAGCCCAAGAGGAGCUUGAAGGAGUCUGUCAGUUAUCGGGUCACCUUCCCAAGGUGGGGGAAGCCCAGGGAAGAGGCUGGUUCCUCAGCUGCACAGUGUCUGGGGCUGGAGCCAAAAGAACGAACCAGGGACCGAGCAUUCCCCAGCCAAGAUGCAGCAGGGGCCACUUCCUUAUUCCUCCAAAGAAGGAAGCGAAGAUAAAGUCACUGCACUUUUCCUCCUGGCUCUUCCCAAACCUGGGGAGGAGAGGGCGGCUCAGGGUUUAGGGUGGAGGAGAGGUGAGCAUGGUGGGCGGAAAAGGAGCGGAAAUAGGCAUAAGUCAUUGGCCAAUGAGAAACUGAGCCUGAUGCCUUAGGAUGAAGCCGUGGUGGCUCGGGCUGCUUCCGCAAGGACUGACUCGUGCAGGCCUGUGGAGCGGGGCAGGGUGGAGAUGCCAGGUCUCAGUGUGCCCUCAGCCGGGGAGCUGAGAAAGGAGAAGUUACACUAGGCGCUGCUCCCACUGGGCCAGCGUCGCCGCUUUCCCUGGAGAUCAGGCAGCGCACCACUGUCUUUCUCUCCGAGCCCCCUCAGGAAAGAAGGAUUAUAUUUUUAUUGUACUCUAAAGGUCUGGAAGGGAAGACAUGGACCAAUGAGGCCCCUCCACCAGGGCUGUAGCUGGGAACAGGUCUGGAAGCGAAGAGGGCUGGGAUUUCAGGGUGCAGCCGCACUCACCGGAACCAGAGUUGGCCUCUGUCCCCUGCACUCCUGUCCCGGAGGUGGCCGGGAAGGGUCAUUUGGCCUAGACUGUUGAGCAGGCCUUCCUGGCCUGUCUUCUUGGCACCCCUCCGCCCCUGUGUCUUGAGACUCAGCCUGGCCCCUGGAUACCACCUGCUCCUGAGCCCCACCAUCUCCCUGUGACAGGUGAACUUUGUGUGCUGUGUCUCGGGUCCAUUAUAUGAAUCGUGAGCAGGGUUCAUCUAUUUUAAACACAGAUGUUUACAAAAUAAAGAAUACUUCAAACCACAA